AUGCUGGCACAUACCUUCAUUCGUGCAAUACAGACAGAUCUGCCGGUGAAGCCCGAGAAGUCGUCCAACAUUCGUCCUCAAGCACCUGCAGUUGUGAUUGGUCAUCGCUAUCGCACCACAAAUCUGAUUGGCACAUCGGCCCGCCACAGUAGUGGGAGAGGGUAUCAAAGGGGCCGAACAGGUUCACAACGGGGGUCUGUAGAAGGGUCUUCUCGGCAUGGUUCAGGUGCUGGCAGCGACAUAUCGCAGAUGCGCCGAGAAAUGGUUGCUAGCGCUGCAUCAAGGUAUCAUAGCCCACGGCUGAUAGCGUCCAAGGAGACGAGAAGGUUGGUGUAUAAUUUGAAGCUGCGAUAUCGGCACGUAGGAACUAACGCACAUACACGUGUUCGUAACCUCACUCCGACGUUCUACGCAGCACAUCCCCAUCACCUCAGCCGACUCGAACCCUUCAUUAUCAGAGAUCUACAGGUUUUGCUACAGGCGUUGAAUGUUGACCUGGUCACAACCUUAACAAUGAGUCUGGUGGAGCGCUUCGAAGUCCAAUCAGAAGAGUUUGAGACGCACCUGCGCCCGUUCCUCUUCGAUGCCACACCCCAAUUCGCACAUGAGCUGUUCGGGUUCAUGCGCUCGCCCUACGACAUGGUAGGCUACGACAACAGCGUACAGUACAACACCGUGGACAGCAUCCCCUUCAACGCCACUGCCUACUACACGCAGACCAUCAGGCAAGCACACACACCGGUGGGAAGUCAAGUACAAGCACGUGCCGAUAGUGUGGCGGGUGGGGCGGAAUUGGCAGUGAGUGGCUCUGUUGCUGGUACAUUGACUACGGAUAUAGUCACUCGCUCUGACGCGACUGAGGGUGAUAUCACAGGAGACGUGGAGAGUGUUGGUCGAGACGGGGCUAGUACUGCGGCCGGUUCGAUGGGGGAAAGUUCGGAACUAGAAACGCAGGCGCAGAUAUUACAGAAUCGGCAGUUGACACAGAUGCAUCCGUAUGGAUUGGUACGGGGUGAACAGGGGUCCUCGACUAGCAAUAGUCCAGGCACUGUGGGUUGUCAGCCUGCACGUAUGAGUGCUAGUAUACCGGAAUCUUUACCUACACAUACGGCUUCUUCCGCUCACUCGCGCGCACACUCGAGUUUACCGGGAGAGGGAUCAGCGCCCUCAGGUACACAAGGUGGUGGAAGCACAUAUGCGCGUGCUGGCACCAAGCGACUGGUGAGAAGUAGCAGUGACGACGAACGCUCACACGCAUCGCGUAGGCACCCAAAACACAAACUUAGGAAGUACAAUAGCAAACGAAAACACUCGCACCCGUCGUCACAGUCGCAAGCUGCUGAGCACCCACAGCAGGGUAUAGGCUUGACCCAGUUGGAAGGGAGCUUGCCCCAGACGGAGAGUGUGGCCGUGUCACCGAGGCGGUCUCCAACACCAGUGCUGGCGGAAGGAGAGUCGGUAGUGGCAGCAAAUAUUUUAAAGUGCGUUCAGUUGACUACACGGUGGGGUGCUGAAACAACUCGGACACGGUCCAGCCCAAACACCCAGCCAAGAGCUCAGGGUAUGGCGGGAGGAAAGGCUUCAGAAGGAAGGCAGAUAGGGGAUUACAGAGGGAUACGGGGACAGGACGAGCGGUUGACUUUGAAUGAGAGUGUGGGAUCAGACAGGGUGAGUGCAAGCGAUGGCUCUCAUUCCAGCGAUAGCAGCAAUGGUGGCGCUUGCCGCAAGGGUAGGAAGGAUUGCCGAGAUGGUGAGGAUACACACAGGGUGGUACGUGAAGAUAGAGGUGGCAGACAAGGGACAGGGGUGUCUGGUAGUCACCAUGGCAACGGGCAGGUAUGGGAGAGCAGGCAGAAACAGGACAAGGAACACCGAAGUGAUACAUAUGAACGUGAUAGCAGUCAUACUCACAACAGUAGACGUAAGCGGGGCUGUAGGGAUUGGAGCCGUGAAAGGGACAGGCUCAGUAGUGAUGGAAGUCGUAGUGUAAGUAGCGGUAAUGGUAUGCUUGGAAGUCAUCGGAGACGCCAAAGUAAGAGAAUAGAUAGACGGCAUGGUCGCUAUGAGGGAAGCAGAAAGCUUCGAAGCAGCGGUAUGGAGUACCGUCAUGGCGAAAGUAGUAAAGGGAAUGAGAGAGAUAGAGACAGAGACAGAGGUAUAGGUAGACAAAGUAGAAGUGGGGAUUGCGGUGGCCGGGUCGGAAGUAGAAGCAGAAGUAGAAGUAAAAGGAGAAGUAGAAGUAAACGGAGAACUAAAAAGGAGAUGAAUGAAAAUAUUAAAUACGAGGGGCAUGGCAGUGGGAACGGAUUCAAUUCGGUUGAAACAAUGGAGCGAACGGCUGGCUGUGGUAGGUUUAGGAGUGAAGAAAGUUCAGACAGAGUCAGUCUAGCUGAUACGCACAGGGAACACCUCAGCGAUGGCGAUAUCGAGACUCAUGAGCACAAUGGUGCAUUUAUUUUACCUACUGAUGAGCAAAGGAUUACUGGUGAAAGAGGUAUAGCCUUGACAGAAGGCUCGUCGAAUACAACUGUGGAUACUGAUACUGUCAGUGGCGGUAUUAGUACGCGUGCUGGUAGCAGUUUUGAUGACUUCAAGGCAUCGAGUAACACUGUGGUAGACGCUGGCCCCAAGGGGACAGCCGCACAGUCUCAGUUGGAUUCGCUCCCAAGACCAAGUGCUAACAAAAUUGCCACAGAUAGAGCCACCAGAGAUGACGCUACAUCUGCGGCACAUGCGAGACGUCGUCUGAUAGCGAUCCAGCACCAACUCAUGCCUAGCACAUUAAGACCUUCACGACAGUCGAUGAAAGCCGAGGAGUGUACGCCAGGUCAGCCUGAGCUCCGAUGUAGGCGCUUGACUUGGGGGAGUGGGGCGGGUAAGGUUGGCCUGCGAUCGGCUGAAGGGCACGGAGAAUGCGAGACACUGGAGGCAGAACCUAUACGGAUACGGGUGGAUUUGGAGUGUGCGAAGCCUGGGGAAGAGUUGAGCGACAUAGGAGAGUUCGCAUCGCGGACGGAUGAGGAUGCCCUUCCGCAACCAACGAAUGGCCCUCGUGUUGAGAAUGUGGACAGUUAUACUGUAUCUGGUACUCAUAGGCAAAGAAAUAGGACUGAUAGUACGGAUUUUUUUAACCGCCUACCUGCGCGUAAGGGCGCUGAUGUGGGUACGAAAGGAUCAGCCUCGAACACUCCUGGCACAGCCAAAGCAAACUUUGUUUUGAACCGUACGUCAGAAGACGCGGCUUCGGGACCUCGGCCGCUGGAACCGACGGCAUCAAAAUCUUCAAAGGAAAGGAAAUCUAAACUCCGAAACGAGUUACGCUCCGUUGAUAUAGCACUGGAUGCAAAUAGCGCUGCUAUACGCAAAGCGAUAUCUGUCGCGGACAAACAUGCGUGCAUGGCUGUACGACAAAGGAUGAUGACACGCAGAGAAGUGCUGGUGGGAACACUCCGCAGUGCAAAGGUACGGAAGGCGGGGAUGUAGGCACGGGUUGGGCUCAGUUGUACUGGCUUGGCUUGGCUUCUCAACAACCUAUGUCACGGCAAGGUGACAUGUUGAUGGUAAAUAAAAAG